CCAUGAUCGAUACCCACAAAAUUCUCAAUCAAUCUCUAAUUCCCAGAACAAUUAACAACAACAACAACAAUGGUGGGAUUCGAACCUUUUCUGGAAACCCCAAUGAAGGAGAAGAAGCAGCCUGGAGCAGCUGUGGGCUACGACGUGCCUGAAGGAGUCGACAUUAGAGGCAGAUAUGACUCCGAGUUCGCCAACAUUCUCACCAUCGACGCUCUGCGCUUUCUGGCGGCCCUUCAGAGGGAGUUCCGCGCCCAUAUUAGAUACGCCAUGGAGUGCCGGAAGGAGGCCAAGAUCAGGUACAAUUCCGGGGCUUUGCCGGGGUUCGAUCCCGCGACCAAGUGCGUCAGAGAUGGGGAUUGGCUCUGCGCGCCGCCGCCGCCCGCGGUGGCGGACCGGAGGGUGGAGAUUACCGGCCCGGUCGAGCGGAAAAUGAUCAUCAACGCCCUCAAUUCUGGGGCCAAAGUUUUCAUGGCUGAUUUUGAGGAUGCAUUGUCACCAAGCUGGGAGAAUCUCAUGAGAGGGCAAGUGAAUUUAAAGGAUGCUGUGAAUGGGACAAUAAGCUUCCAUGACAAAGCCCGGAAUCGCGUUUAUAAGCUUAAUGAACACACGGCAAAGCUCUUUGUCCGUCCCCGGGGAUGGCAUUUGCCCGAGGCUCACAUCUUCAUUGAUGGCGAGCCCGCCACCGGCUGCCUCGUGGACUUUGGCCUCUACUUUUUUCACAAUUGGUCUACUUUUCGCCGAACUCAGGGCGAAGGCUUUGGACCCUUCUUCUAUCUCCCUAAAAUGGAACACUCGAGGGAAGCUAGAAUUUGGAACAAAGUGUUCGAGAGGGCAGAGAAAACGGCGGGAAUAGAGAAGGGAAGUAUCCGAGCCACAGUACUGAUCGAAACUCUCCCUGCCGUGUUCCAAAUGGACGAGAUUUUGUAUGAGCUAAGAGAUCAUUCAGUCGGUUUGAACUGCGGCAGAUGGGAUUAUAUUUUCAGCUAUGUCAAAACCUUCCAAGCUCAUCCGGAUCGCCUACUUCCCGACCGGGUUCAAGUUGGGAUGACUCAGCACUUCAUGAGGAGCUACUCGGAUUUGCUCAUUCGGACAUGUCACAAGCGCGGCGUGCACGCCAUGGGCGGGAUGGCCGCUCAGAUUCCGAUCCGCGACGACCCAAAGGCGAACGAAGCGGCUCUAGAGCUCGUACGGAAAGACAAACUACGAGAAGUACGGGCCGGGCACGACGGGACGUGGGCAGCCCACCCGGGGCUGAUCCCGACAAUAACGGAAAUCUUCACCAACAACUUGGGCAACAAGGCGAACCUAAUCCAAUCAGUUCGACGGGAGGACGCCGACUCGUUAACCGAGGCCGACCUGCUGCAGAUCCCCCGGGGGGCCCGCACGAUGGAAGGCCUCCGGCUCAACACACGGGUCGGGAUCCAGUAUGUGGCGGCGUGGCUGACGGGGACCGGGUCGGUCCCUCUCUACAACCUGAUGGAGGACGCGGCGACGGCGGAGAUAAGCCGGGUCCAGAUCUGGCAGUGGCUGAAAUACGGCGCGGAAUUGGACGGCGACGGCGUCGGGGUGCGGGUGACGGCGGAGCUGUUCGGGCGGGCGGUCGAGGAGGAAAUGGCGAGGAUCGAGAAGGAAGUCGGGAAGGAGAAGUUCGAGAAGGGAAUGUAUAGGGAGGGUUGUAGGAUCUUCACGAGACUCUGCAUGGCGGCGAGUUUGGAUGAUUUUCUUACGCUGGAUGCUUAUAACAAUAUUGUUGUGUAUCAUCCUGUGGGUUCUUCCAGGCUGUGAGAAUUGGUUCUUCUUGCUGUUGUGGUUUUGAUUUUAUGUUUGUUUGUUUGUAAUUUGGAAAUGGAACUCGAUCUCCCUCUAUGUGUAUUGUUUGAUGAUAAUAAAUCAGCGUUGAUGGAA